AUGACCUAUACGCAUUUUUUUAUUAUUUUUGUUUUUAUGAUUUCAGGUAGUUUUAAGUUGGUUUCUCCCUUUUUUACCAGACUAAGUCUCACACCAUUUUACAAACACAUUAGCAUUGUUCCAACAAAAAAAUCUAAUUUCAGUACUUGUAAAAGUCAUUUUUCCGUCUUAAAAUCCAUGGCAAGAUCCGAUAAGGGCGAUGAAUUAACAGUAUUUCACAAAAUUGUCAAUGGUGAAUUGCCUUGUAAAAAGGUUUACGAGGAUGAUUAUGUUUUAGCCUUUUAUGACAUCCAACCCGCUGCUCCAAGUCACAUUUUAAUAGUCCCUAAGGAAAUGGACGGCCUAUCUAGUUUAAGUGACGCUACAGAACGGCACGAAAAAGUUUUGGGCCAUAUGUUAGUUACGGUAAUUUUUAGAGCUCAAUAA